GUGGUGUCCGAUGGUCGAGUGUGAGUGCUUAUCGUUCAGACAGUUUACACUCCAGAAAGAAAACAUCAAUUCUAGCCGCAAAGUUGUUUCAAAUUCGUAAUUUAGAAAUGACAACAUUCGUAUGUAGUGCGAGUUGUAAUAUGGAAUACUUUAUGUGCUUUAGUGUGUUUUAAAAGUGGUUUUCACAUUGUUCUGUGGUGUGUUGGAUGAACAGAUGGUUUUCUUCAGGUGUGAAUACAAAACUAAAAUCAGUGUCUCAUUGAAGUUUAAGAAGCUGAUACCAGAAUUACUUCCACACUUCUAGAAGUUUAGGAGAUAAUGGAUUUUGUUACGGCAAACCUAUUUGAAGGAGGAGCUCUCUGUUGGCCUGUCGCUCUCUUCCACUGGUUCUGCCUUGUGGUAGCCCGCGCUGGUGAUCCUCUUCCGGCAGAUGAUGUUGUCCCUCCGCGCAACCUGUCCUCGUUACUGCACCCGGACACCAAUACAUACCUUCACGACACCCUUAGCUACUGGCCCUUUAAUGAAACCUUCCAGCUUUCUAAAUUCGAAGAUUUCGACCAUACACACUUCGAUGAUUCACACGAAUUGGUUGGAGGAGGCAGCACAGAGCGGUAUCCUGGAUCGAAAAAUUCUGGUCACCUGGACUACGGGAAACCGAGAGGGAGUGGCAACAACGAUCCCGUGUUCGAUAACAAUCUUGUUACAAACGUGACCGCGCAGUUGGGAGCGUCAGCCUUCCUGCACUGUCGCGUGAGAAACCUCGGAGAGCGGCCGGUGUCUUGGAUCAGACGUCGCGACUGGCAUAUCCUGACGUCGGGUCUCUUCACCUACACGAACGACGAGAGGUUCCAGGUUGUGCACACGGAGGGAGGAGAUGACUGGAAUUUGCAGAUCAAAUACGUGCAGAAGCGUGAUAACGGCACGUACGAGUGUCAGGUGGCGACCGGUGCAGGCACAAUAUCCCAUUACUUCAAUCUGCACGUAGUGGUACCGUCUGCAUUCAUCCUCGGCAGCGGAGAGUACCACAUCGGAGAGGGCAGCACCAUCAGCCUUGUGUGUAUAAUAGAGAAUAGCCCGUCCCCCCCUCAGUACGUGUUCUGGUACCACAACGAGCACAUGAUCAACUACGACACAUCACGGGGAGGUGUCACAGUGAGCACGGAGCCUGGGCCCAAGACCCACAGUCGCCUCAUCAUCAACCACGCCACACACGGCGACUCAGGCAACUACACUUGCAGAGCCUCCAAUACUGAGGCUGAUACAAUUUACGUUUUUGUAUCCAAAGGGGACAACACAGCGGCCAUACAACGCCAGGAGUCCUCUGUGGCCACGCGCUGGGCAUGCCUUAUGCCUGGUCUUCUGCUGCCUGCAAUCGGCCUCUGGGUCACUAGGUGAGGCUCCCAGGUAACUUCACAAAGAAGACGCAGCCACAGCGAUGAGCAGAUCAGCAGAAAUGAAUUCAUGUAAUUCUAUGGCAGGCAGUGUUGCCAUUGGCUUCAAUGUUACUUUGGAUGUGCAUUGUACUGUUACUGCUCUCGAAAUCCGACAGCCUACGUAUCCUGUGAUGUGAUACAAGUGUGUGGGUGAAUAUAAAGAAGAGAAAGAUACUGUGAUAAAAAUGGGAAUGGAGGAUUAUAGUCCCUUUGGAAUGUGGAUGUGUGUGAUUUUCAUGUGAAUCACAAAUUGAUGAUUCCUGUGUAGGAUUCGUUGACGGGAACACUUUGCAGCUGCCUCGUAUCCCGCACAGAGGGCUAUCUCUUGAACUGUGACCAAUGAUUUCAAUGCUGUGAAAGAAAGUUUAUGAUUUUUAAAAGAUGCUAAACGAAUACAGACUGCAAUAAUUGAAAUUUCCUAUACUAAAAUUAUAAAGAGUUAGAUCUCCAAAUUUUGCAUCCUGAAGGCGUGGUAGCCACUGCCUUCGUGUUAUUGCCACCGAAACGUCGAAAAACUUUGAUUCCGCAAUCAAUGAAAUUAUAAAAAUAUAUGAAAGCAAUGUGACGCAUAAGAGUGUUAUAAUAAUGAGGCCAUAUUGUUUGUUUUCAGUUUGGAAGGAGGAGUUAUACAAAGAAUGAAGACGUUUUAAAAGAGUGAACAUUUCAUCUCAUGAAACAGAAGAAAAAUUUAUUGUGUGUUUUGGAGGUGAUAUAUUAAGCUGUUAAGAUUCUUUUCCCUCACAUUGCAGGAUCCUGCAUUCACUGAUUUCAUCUUACGUUGCCAUUAUUUCCGGUGCCAAAGUGCUCGCUUGUAACUACGCAUGCGCGAGGCGAGUGCUUUAACUACUGAUUCAGAACUGGUUGUUCUACCUUGGUAUCAAGAACUUUCAUGUAUGUACUUGUUUUUCCCCCUCUUUCAGUUGUUUGUGCAGUA